AUGGAAGGCUCUGUAGUUGAACGUCUCGAUUUCGGGAAGAUGGGAUAUGGGUGCAAGCAUUACAGGAGAAGAUGCAGGAUUCGUGCUCCCUGUUGCAAUGAAGUUUACUCAUGCCGUCAUUGUCAUAACGAAACAACGAGCAUGUUGAAAAACCCUAUUGAUCGCCACGAACUCGUUCGGCAGGAUGUUGAACAAGUUGUUUGUUCGGUUUGUGACACAGAACAGCCAGUUGCUCAAGUUUGCACUAACUGUGGUAUUAGAAUGGGGGAAUAUUUCUGCAACAUCUGCAGAUUCUUUGAUGAUGAUACGGGGAAACAACAGUUUCAUUGUGAUGAUUGUGGGAUCUGCAGAGUUGGCGGGAGUGAGAAUUAUUUCCAUUGCCAGAAGUGCGGGUCUUGCUAUUCAAUAGCUCUGCGUGAUAAUCAUUUAUGCGUGGAGAACUCCAUGAGACAUCAUUGUCCAAUUUGUUACGAGUACCUUUUUGACUCGUUGAAAGACACUACUGUUAUGAAAUGUGGUCACACAAUGCAUUGCGAAUGUUAUCAUGAGAUGAUAAAGCGCGACAAGUACUGUUGUCCUAUAUGUUCCAAGUCGGUGAUUGAUAUGUCUACGAUAUGGAAGAGAAUCGACGAAGAGAUUGAAGCAACCACCAUGCCUGAUGAUUAUCGGAAUAGAAAGGUUUGGAUACUUUGUAACGACUGCAACGAUACAACUGAAGUUUCCUUCCACAUCAUUGGGCAUAAAUGCGGUCACUGCAAUUCAUACAAUACUCGCAAUAUUGCUCCUCCUGUUCUUCCGCAAUAG